ACACGGGCGGACGUGCGCGGUGCAAAACUGCAGAGUUUCUUGUAGCCGCAACCUCUUAUCCCACCCCGAACCUGUGGCUCCCGGCGUCCGUCCCCAUGUCAUCCCCGGCGUGCCGUCCCGGCCUCCCGGCGCCUCGCCGGCAGGCGCCGCUCCUCCCCCGCCCAGCCGCUACCCCGUCCGUCUCGAAGAUGGCUGUUCAUAGGACAAGACCUGCCCACUCCGCCUUCGAGUUCUCCUCCUCUCCUGGCCGCCGCCGUCGUGCUCGGGUCAUCUCUUCUUGCCACGGUGGUAUGGUAGAAAGAAGGAGACUACUGUUGAUCCCUGCAAUUAGUCUCACCAUUGGCUCCCUUCAGUACAGUCUGGAGAAGGGAGCAGCAAAAGCUGAAUUUACUGACAUGCCAGCGCUUCGUGGGAAGGAUUAUGGAAAGACGAAAAUGAGUUAUCCAGAUUACACUGAAACAGAAUCAGGCCUCCAAUACAAGGACUUGCGAGUUGGAGAGGGCCCAUCCCCAAAGAAGGGAGAGACAGUAGUGAUUGAUUGGGAUGGGUACACAAUUGGAUACUACGGUCGCAUUUUUGAAGCUCGAAACAAGACCAAAGGUGGUUCUUUCGAGGGUGGUGAUAAAGAAUUCUUCAAGUUUAAGGUUGGAUCAGGACAGGUAAUACCAGCCUUUGAGGAGGCUAUGACAGGCAUGCGUCCCGGUGGAGUUAGAAGGAUAAUAGUACCACCGGAUAUUGGAUACCCAGAUAAUGACUUGAACAAGUUAGGCCCAAAACCGACAACAUUUUCGGGACAAAGAGCUCUAGAUUUCGUUCUAAGGAAUCAAGGACUAAUAGAUAAAACCCUCCUGUUUGACAUUGAGCUUAUCAGAAUAAUUCCGAGUCAAUAGUAUACGAGGGUAAUUUCGAUGACCAUUGGGAGGAAAGAAGCAUACUGUUUGAGCAUGGAAUCAAAUCCUUUGAUGACCAUCCGAUAUGUAAAUGUAUAUACUAUAUACUUGAGUAUCAACAAAAAACAUUGAUAUCACGCACCCAUUUUAUUAUUACUGAGAAAUACUAUGAAGAAUUUUAAAGUGCAACCAGAUAGAUCCUAUAUAUUCUUGAACUAGACAACUUUUUCACACACUCCCUAGAUUGGGUUAUUAGAUAAAUACUUACAGCACACAACUUACACCACACGAAAAAUUGUAAUAUUCCAAAAAGGAUGCAGCAUUUCCUGCCUUUUUUUGUACACUACCUAGAUUAAUGUUAAAGCCUAUAUCUUAGGGAUUGAGAGGAAACCACAUAUCCAUAAUACACUCAAGAGAGAACAUGUGCAACCAACAGCAUAUGCUUCAAUAGUUUUGCUCUUAAUUUUUCACCAUGUCUAGGAGCUGAAAGCCUCAGCCUCAGUGGUCUGACCUUAAUCUGUAAUCAAAUUUGACUGGACAUUGUCUCGAAUUGUGUUUAUUUUGAAUUAUAAUUUCAUGAAUCAA